UCAGCAUGCAGUGGUGGGCUCCUCUCAUCGUUGUUUACCUGUCUACCUGCCUGGAAGCCAUUCAGCACCAUAGAAAAGCUCUGUAUCCAAAUGCAUACAGGAUAAAGCGUGGGACAUAUUCGCUGAUCAAUCCAACGUUCCAGCGAUCCAUGGAGGACGUCAACCUGCUGUUUGAGAUCCUUCUCGCUGGAAUGCAGAUCCAAGAUGGCGACCACACCAUGUUCAUCCCAGACGAGGAGCUGGCCUCCAUGAGUAGCGUGAAGAAACUGGAGGUCAUCUGCGAGGACGUCCUUCCGAGGAAGCUCACUGAAAUCAGACGACUAACGGCAGAGCUCGCCCAGCGCGGGCGCCCUCUGAGCCAGGAGGACUUUGAGAGGACUGUGCUGACUCUGGUGUACAGCGCUCAGACAGUGGCUCGGGUCGGGGACCAGCGGCAGAGGGAGGCGUGGACGGACUCUGUGACGGAGUUGUUCAAAGCCAUUCAGAAAGAUCUCAGGCUGUCAAUUUAGCCUUCCUUCAAAUACCAAACUUACAGUGUUGGUGGUUGAGUGCAUGUUCAAAGAAGCCAGAGUGGUGGUCUGUGUAUGUUCUAUGUCAGGAAACUUAAAACACACAACGUCCUAUUUCAAUACCACUUUGAAGGUGUCUCAAAAACUAAAUGAUAUGCACAAUAUGUACCAUGACAAUCUGCAAUAGACAAACAUGAAGAAGCUGAAGGUUAUUUGUGCUGGAUUCAACCUAGAGACUGUACCUGAGGAGGCAAAGUAGCCAAACAAGUGUCUUCAACCUGCAUUCUAGCUAAAGGCCAGCAGGGGGAGACUCCUAUGGUUGAAAAUGAAACAGAGGAUAAUUUGACCCUUCUCCUGAUUUGAUUUCUGACCUCAGUUAACAUUUCCUUUUUGAUUUUAAGGUCUCAAUCACUUAUUUGGAAUCUUCUGGAAAACAUCAUGUCGUUCAUUCCAUAACUCAUGGUUCCAUUUAGAGUAAAAUAGAUGAUAAUGGGUGGGAUGCUUUAGGGCAGUUGUUCCCAAAGUGGGGGUCGCGAGACACUGUUUGGAGGGUUGUGAGAUGCCUUCCAAAAAAAUACUAAAAAUUUAAAAUUUCUAUCAAUUGCAAACAUAUAUACAACAAUUGUAGAUACAUUUUAGAUUAAAUCAUGUAAAUAAAAAACGUCAUCAAUUUAUGUCUUUACUUUGUUGCAUGACCCUUGACGAUGUUAUGCUGCUCCUAGCUUUUUUUUAAAUUACAAAUAAAUACAGCUCUGAAAAAAUUUAAGAGA